AUGUUUGCUUCAUUUAUUCGGUUUCUCUUGCAACUGCUUGCGUCGCAUUCCUCAAACGAAGAUAUGCGACAACUUAUUGUACCGUAG